ACUAUUUGAGCCCAAUUGUAAGCAAACCAAUCAGUAUGUUUACGUUUACGCUCCAUCAAACUCCAUCGCAGAUUCUUCGCUCCUUUCCGUGGAUUUAAAACAUGGCUACCACCACCACUCCCUGCUAGAGUCUCAAUUCUAUGAUUUCCAAACUUCCAUUGCUCCAACUGCCCUUUCAAAGAUUUUUUUUUUUCUGUUCUAAAAUCAUUUGGGUCCCAACUCAUAAUUAUUGCUUACAAGAGCAACCUUACGACUACUUGUCUACUCAAACAUAUUUAGAAUGGCAGCAGCUUUAGGCGGUAGAUUUGCAACUAGGAGAAAUUGAGAAAAGCAACAGUCAGCCAUUUCGAAUAUUGACUAUUACAUGAUAUAAAGCAUGACUUUGGACAAGAUUAGAUUUAAGAGUUUGACGGACAAGAGCAAGCUCAAUGCUCAGCUAGAGUUGUUCAUUCAUAUUAUUCCUAAAAAAACUAACAAUACACUAACCAUUAUUGAUAGUGGUAUUGGCAUGACCAAAGCUGAUUUGAUGAACAACUUGGGUACAAUUGUUGGGUCUGGUACCAAGGAAUUCAUGGAAGCCUUGGUUGUUGGUGUUGAUGUUAGUAUGAUUGCACAGUUUGGUGUGGGGUUCUACUCUGCAUAUCUUGUUGCCGAAAAGUUCAUUGUUACCGCCAAGCACAAUGAUGAUGAGCAGUACGUUUGGGAGUCCCGAGCUGGAGAUUCAUUCACUGUGACCAGUGAUACCUCUGGUGAGGUUCUUGGCAGGGGUAUUAAGAUCACUCUUUUCCUCAAGGAAGAUAAGCUAGAGUACCUUGAGGAGUGUCGAUUGAAGGAUUUGAUUAAGAAGCAUUCUGAUGGGUUAUAAGUAUAUUUUGGGGAUUAUUACUUCUAGCUUGGUGCUUGUGUUUGUUAUAUAUGGUUCUGUGUACAAGAAGGCCAAAAUGAGAUUUAGUAUAUUAAAAUGAUGAUGUACUUUAAAUUAAGGAUAAAUAUAGUUUUAUUUUCUUACUUA